GUGGCCGCGCGCUGCCCGAAGCCGGGCCUGGGCUCUAGCUGGGGCCGUAGCUGUGCCCCGGCGCUCUGGCCCGAGAGCCGCGAGUUCCGCUAUCUCGGUCGGACGGCCUUUAGGUUUGACCUGCCGGCCGCAGUACCCGGCAGCUCCCGGCCUGGCGGCGCUGAGGUCUCUGAGACCCUUGAGGACACGAUCUUUCAGGGUGGCCCCCGCGCCGCCUUUUGCUCUCCCUGGCUGGGCCACGACCUUCAGCUCUCGGCCCCCGCUGAGUCGCAGCGGCUCACGCUGCUGAGCCAAGGGGUGAAGGAACCUGGCACCUGCUCACCUUUGGGGCCCUUCCUCCCCGCAGUGACUUCCCGACACCUCUCCGUGGAAGGAGGCGGCGGCAGCAUUGUGCCUUCAGCCAGCCAGCCAGGAGAAGCGAAGAUGGAUGUUCCUAGAAAGGAAGACAUUCGUCUUUUGGCCGAUGAAAAAUUUGACUUUGAUCUCUCACUGUCUUCUUCAAGCGCAAAUGAAGAUGAUGAAGUCUUUUUUGGACCCAUUGGACAUAAAGAAAGAUGUAUUGCUGCCAGCUUAGAAUUAAAUAAUCAGAGUCCCGAACAGCCUCUUUUGCCAGCAUCUGAAAGUCGCUUCACUUGGAGCCCUCUCACUGGGGAGAAGUUUGUGGAAGUGUAUAAAGAAGCUCGCUUACUGGCUCUACAGAUAGAAAGCAGCAGCAGAAACAAGGUGGCUCAAGCUGCCGCGCCCGAAGACCCUUGUAGCCAAGAUGCAGAAUGGUUUAUACAGGAAACAAAAUUAAAAAUAAACCUCUUUGAGAAAGAAAAGGAAAUGAAGAAAAGUCCUAAGUCGCUUAAAAGGGAGACAUACUACCUUUCAGAGAGCCCUGUAAUGGGGCCGCCUCUGUCAGGGGUAUGGCCCCCUAGGGGUGAACCUCCACUGCCAGACUCAUCCCUAGUCCCACUGGGCUCUCCUGCCCAGGCUGGCCUCACCCAAACGCAGGGGCCACUGCACCCUUCUCGGCCUUUGCCAGGGGAAUCAAGGACUGCUCACGCUCCAAGUCAGGCAGUGCCUCAGAGAAAAGUCCCCAGCAAAUUGCAGCUGCCCAGAGCUUCAUCUGUCAGAGGAAGACACGUCCACUUGGCCGUGGAGACGACCAAGAAAGAGAUACCAGCUAGUCCUUCCAGGACAAAAACCCUGAGUGGAAGGGAAUGCCCCAGGGAUGUGCUCCCUGACAGACCUGCUCUGGGUGCUGCCAGCGGAAGCCACGUGGUCCAAGGCAAGCGAUCACUCCCUGUUCCAAGCAAGUUGGGGCUGAAGCAGACCCUGUUAAAACCACCCGGCUGUGCUGGCAAUCUUGCAAGGAAGUCUUCCUUGGGGUCUGUUUUGAGUGGGGCAUCCACCCUGUCUGCAUCUCCAGCAGUAGGCAAAGCUAAAUCAAGUGAAUUUUCAGUUAUUCCUACAAGCAGUUCCCAGCCUUUGUCACACAGCAGUACGUCAGUCCGAGCAGGACCUGCGGCGCUGCAGCCGUCUCUGCGGGUGGGGCCUGCAGGUACAUCCACCGGGCCGGCCACAUGUGUGGACUUGGAGCUGACAGCCGAGCAGCCCAUGAUGCCCCCCACAGCUUCUCCCACCCAACCCCAGACUCCAGAAGGUGGAGGUCGGAGCCUGGACUCUACUUCCAUUUUGUCAGAAUCUUCUCAACCGAAUAAGACUAGAAGCAUAAGAAGGCAAGAUGCCAAGACAAAGGUUACGCCUACUCCCACAAGUCAAUUUAAAAUCCCCAAGUUUUCUAUUGGUGAGUCCCCAGACAGCACAACGCCCAAGUUCCCACCAGCACAGAGGCCACAGUUGUGCACGUCAGUUGGCAGGGUCAUCGUGCACAGCACUCCCGUCAGACCCUCCUUGGGGCCAGCCGCACACAGCCUAAGCAGUGUAGGGAUGCCCGUCAGUAUGACUCGGAGGUCAGCCCUGCCCACACCUGCCAGCCGGCGCCUCUCCAGCCUGUCACUGCUGGCCCCUAAAUCCAUGCCCAGGGCCGUGGCUUCUCCCCCACGUGUGGCUACUCGGCGACUGUCCUCUGAGCCCCGGAAAAAAUCUGCAGUGAGAACUGAAGGAACAAGGGAGGACAACUGGAGGGCCGAUGCCAGGCAGGAAGACCUGUCACCUGACCGGAGUCUGUCUCCUCCGUCCAGUGUCCCUCAGGCACUUAACUUUUCUCCUGAGAAAAGUGAUGUCAGUUUUUCAAAAAGCAUCACCACAGCAGCAACUCCUGAUGAAGCAAAGCCCAGUGAGGAUGCAGCCCCUAGUGAGGCUCUUCUUAUAGAUACCAGACUGGACCUGCUGACUGCCACGCCCAGGGUUGAGAGCGCAGUCCUCGCUGACCCCCCUCUCAUCGACUUGGGCAGUACUCCUGAGGCUGGGGAGCCCACGGGGCCUGAGAGCAGGCCUCUCAUUGACCUCCUGAUGAACACACCAGACAUGAGCAAAGAUGUCAUGGUGAAACCUCGACAGGCAGCAGGGCAGCUCAUAGACCUGGGCUCACCUCUGAUCCAGCUGAGUCCCGAGGCUGACAAGGAGAAUGUGGAAUCGCCACUUCUCAAGUUCUGAGUGGACAAAGCCCUUUGUUAAAAGAACAGUCCAUCUUAAGGUGGUUUUCAACCCUUAGAAGCGUAUUUUAUUAGAAAUUUUAUUUGAAAAGGAAAAAAAAAAAGCCUGAAUACAUUUGCUGUGCCUGGCAGGAGUGGCACGAGCCUAUGGGGUUCAGUGCUGAUCCCUGAUGUCUCCACUGCCUGCAGCUGCCCUCCCUGCCGCUCUCCAGACUGAUCACAAAGCUGAAGUGACUCUAAAGGAAAAACUUUGUUUUAAAUCUUUUGUAUGUAAAAUGGCAAGUGGCUAUUUUAAGUUUGUAUAAAAAGUUAAAUAUUGUAGAUUUAAGUUAAUUGUAAAAUAAAGUGUAUUAAAACAUAUCUUGAUUUUUAAGCUUGUCUUUUUCAACAUGCAUAGCCAUUUUUACGCAAGACUACUACGCAGACUUUAAUGCUUUUAUAAAAGAAUUUCAAAUAUCAGUCUGAAUAAAAAUUGUUUGCAGGUCCUGGGCCCACCCCCAGACACUCUGGUCACUAGGUCCUCGGGGCAGGUGCAGGAGUCUGCACUGGUAAUAGGCCCCCAGAAGAUGCCCACUUGACAGCCCACAGACCACACACACAAGAGGCUGCUCUCGGGAGACAUGGGGACAGUAAGGGAUGAGGACCCGCUCCUCUGAACUCUAAGGCAGUGGACAGUGUCUGUCACCCAGGCCGUGCCCCAGGGGCCCUGUGGUGGGACAGACCUUUGGCUUCUAUGUCUACUAGCAUUCUACUACUAGAAUGCUACUGAGUGAAGUGCCUGACAGGGACAAGGGGAAGCCUGUUCUCUGCUUGGAGCCUCUAAUAUCUUUUAACACUGGCUGGCCUGGAAACCAGUUUGUAUACUUAUUUCCUUACGAGGAAGUUUCCCAUGGGGCUUCACGGAAGUGUGACCAGCUGCACUCCAGUGUUCCUGUAUCACACUGGGACCUCCCUCUCUGUGCAUAGGGCACUUUGAGCUUUCUGUGCAGCAGUUCUCAACCUGUGGGUCACGACCCCUUUUUAACAAUGAAGAUACACUGCAGCAUUAGGAAGGUUGAGAACCAGUUUUUGUGGUUAAGGUGACAAAUGUGAAAUUGCCAUUUUGACCUGUGACUCCUGUGGCAUUGAGUGUGGACAAGUGCAGUGGGCGUUAUGAGCCACCUUGCUGCACGUGUGGAUAGAAACUUUCCACCAACAAGAAGGGAGCUUCAAAGUCCUGCACUCUUGACACUGGAGUUGUCAGAGCAAGGCACCCUGGCUGUCACAUAGGCCCUGGCUGGCUGCAAAGAGGCCUUGCGCAGUGGGCUACAGGGAAUUCCAGAGUCCCAAAUGUUAGCAUCAGAAGGGUCUGCCUCUGGUCUGGCCCUUCACUUCAUGGGGCAAAAAAGCUAUCUGGAAUUGGAUUAAUUUUUUUCAACAAAUGUACUGGGACUUUACUAUGGGUCAGGCUGCAUUUAUGCUGGGAGUAGGAGUACAGCCGGACACAGAGCUCAUGCAUCCCCUAAUGCUUGGCAGUGGGGAGAUGUUAAAGCUCCAGUGAGUCUGUGAUAAUCCAAGCCGUGGCAGGAGCACCGGGCCUUCGCCCAGGGCCCUUUUCCUCCCCAUGCAGCCUUGGAUGCAGCCAGCUCUCCUUGGACCAAGGUGCUGUCAGACCCACAGAGUGCCCAGGCAAGACAGAAGAGAUCUGACUUUCAUUCUCUUCACAAAGAAGGGAAAAGGCCCUGAAGAGCUGGAGUUGGAGAGAGCAGCUCCUCUCCUGAGCCUUUAGCUGCCUUCCUCCUUGAGUCUCUCCAUCUGGUUGUCCCCGCUGCUAUGGCCCUGACAGAGCUCCUUCCAGGCGCUUCCUCUCCUGGCCCCCAUGCUCUCCAUCCACCACUCUGAUGGCUCCCUGUGAGAAACCAAAUAGUUAGCUGGAGACUAUGUUCCUGGACCCCUGGGCGCUGGCCACUUUCCCUUUACAGUGACACAAAGUGUACUGGCUGCAGCUAGAGGCCCAGCUUCAUAGGAUUUUUACAUUUCCUUAAUGUUGUGAGGCAAUGUCUUCCCAUUUUAUGUUUCUGACCUUGCUGUUGGCAGGCAGUCAUUGUCCUUGCCAUAGCUGGCCCACAGUGGGUCCGGAUUAUACACAAAGGGUUCUUAGAACUACAAACUAGCUAAAAACCACACAAAUCACUGAAAAAUAGCAGACAGCAUGUGCCAACGAAUCACGUCUAAGCCACCUUGUGGGAUGGCUGCGACUGGGAUUUAACUUGCCCGUCACAGACAUGCCCAGGAAAGGUGCAGCUUUCUAGACCAAGAAUAAAACUCUAGCAAUGCCAGCAUGGCCACAGCCUAGCGUCAGGGGUCCAGUUACUGAGUUCUUUAUCUCUUCUAGGAAAUCCAAGAUGAACUGCUACCCUGUUGGAUACUUUCCUGAUCCUUUGUUCUCCUGUGGCUCAAAGGAGUAGGGCGCUGGUCCCAUAUGCCGGAGGUGGCGGGUUCAAACCUAGCCCCGGCCAAAACUGAAAAAAAAUAAAAAAGCAGCCAUCCAUCUGUUUUCCCACAGGGGUCCUGUCACACGGCUCUCCUGCUUGCAGCUCACCCUUUACCUCCUCUUGCCUCAGCGGCUGGGACUCUCCCAUUGGCAGUUCCAGCUGUUCUUGGAAAUGGAGACUUUAGAGCAGCGGUUCUCAACCUGGAGGUCGUGACCACAAGGAACUGUAUUAAAGGGUUGCGGCAUUAGGAAGGUUGGGAACCACUGCUUUAUAGUCUUCUUCAUGUUACUUUAGUCCCAGGGAUCCUCAAACUUUUUAAACAGGAAGCCAGUUCACUGUCCCUCAGACUGUUGAAGGGCCAGACUACAGUUUUAAAAAAGAAAACUAUGAACAAAUUCCUAUGAACACUGAACAUAUCUUAUUUUGAAGUAAAAAAACAAAACAGGAACAAAUACAAUCACACUGCCUCAUGUGGCCCACGGGCCGUAGUUUGAGGACCCCUGGUCUAGACCCUUAGACUAUUCCUGUUCUCAAAACGAUUUGCUUUAAUAAUUAUCCACAUGGGAACACUUGUGUCCAUUGUUAACCUUUCAGGAAACUGGUAAGAAACUAACGUGAUUUUAAUGCCAAGCUUUGGUGUGUGAAUUAUCUCCCUGAUCCAAAACCACCUGCAUUUGUAGUGGCAUUUCCUCUUCCAAAUAUCUUGAACUGGUUUAAAUCUUCCAUGAAAUCAAUUUGGUAGAUUGCACCAGCUGUUUUAAAAAGUGAACAAGAACAAAGUAAAAAACGAGAGUACCUGGCACAUUCUACAAAGGGUAAGAGCUGUUUCAAGAAGCAUCUUCUUUAAAUUUACAUGUGUCUGCAUAGACAGCCACAUGUAACUUACACAUGUCUGCACAGAUAGCCACGCACUCUGGUACUGUGGGUUCAAGCUGAAACUCUGGGAGCUGCUCACUUAAAGGUGCCUGCGAUUUGAACACCACAUGACUACAGUGUUUGGUGUCAGUCCAAACCUCAGUCUUCUGCACCCUGCGUCACUGCUGGU